CACAAUUAAAAUUACUCUACAAUUAUUAGUUGAAAAUUAAGUUCACAAUAAAGGAUUUUGCGUUCAAAAUUAAAAAGUUGUCCUACGUAAUUAAUAAAAAAUGCUGUACUAUUUAGUAAUUCUAACAACUCUGACAUACUGCAUGGCAACAUCUGAACCAGAGGAUCCAAUUCACGUUGAAAAAUGUCCAGUGAGCUUACAAAAGCGAAACAAUUCAUCUCUAGAGAACAGUAACUGUACAAAAUACUGCAUGUUCUGGAAGAAUCAGCUAAUCGACGAGAUAGUUUGCCCGCGAAAUUUCCAUUACUCACCGAUAAAUGAAACGUGUGUCAGUUCUGGUGACAGCAACUGCGGAGGAUCUAGCAAUGAUAUUAAAAAAAAGGAUUAUGGAAGUUGUAUUGGCAAAUGCCCAAUUUCUGAUGACAUCGAAGAUAUUUUUUACCUUCCGCAUGAUGACUGCACAAAGUAUUGCAUUUGCGCUUUUGGGCACUCGCUCGAAAUGAAAUGUGACGACAAUAAACAUUUUUCAACUCUCGACAACAGAUGCGUCCAUCCUGCUGAAGCUGAUAUGAAGUGUCCAGAUAUAAGGCAUGAAAUUGAAGCAGAGGCUUUUGAUGAGACUGAUGAUUGCCUUGGCCAGUGCCUGCCUCUUAAUGAUAAGGAUCAUAGUUCUCAAAGAAGGAAAAUUAGCCCCCACAGAAAUGAAACAAAAUUUUGUGUUUGUUCAAGCGGUAAAUUUCAAAUUCAUGACUGUCCAAGAAAUCAAGUAUUCAUUGAAAAAGAUCAAUUAUGUAGAAAUCUUAACCCUCGAUCUCCAAAACAAGGUGUUCAUAAUUAUAUUCAAUCUAAUAGUAAAAAUUAUAACAGAAAUGAUAACCAAUUUUCAUCAUCAGACAAAGAUAAAAUCCAUACAUAUACAAAAACAACAGAAACAAAUACAACGGAAACGAAAAAUUUAACUGAUCAAGAAAAAGAAUCAUUAGGAAAUGAAGAGACGACAUUUGAAACGAUAAUCACUAAAAAAAUUAAAAAAACAGAUCAUGAGAUAAUAACGACUGUUUUUAAUACGACAACUACUACGAUAGUAACAGUAACGAGUACGGUUACACCAUUGGUAUCUGGAAAUCAAAAUGAUGGAUCGAGUAGAAGUUCAUCGAUCCCGUCGCCGCAGUGCAAAUUUUUGAUUGAACAGUUGUUGCAAAAAAAAAUACUUUAAGUUAACAUUUAAUGACAGUAAUAUUUUUUUAAAUUGUAUUGAUUUAAAAGUAAUUUGAAUUGAGAAAUUAUUUAUAGACAAUUGGGUAGCAGCUGUCUAUCAAAUAUGUAGCGCGUUGAAAAAUUAGUUUUUGUGUUAGGAAAAAAAGGGGAAAAGCAAAUGUUGAAAAAAAGUGACGAAAGUGUAAAAGUGUUGCGGUGGAAAAAAAAGCUGGCAGGCAUCCAACAAACGAAAACGAGUCGGGUUCCAUGCAACCCCAGCGAUAACGAGUGCACUGCCGAGUAACGAAUUCAAAUUAUUUUAGGCCUGUAUACGGUUAAUUAAAAUGCGGGUGGUUUUAAUAUUUAAGUGAAUUGCUAAUUUGCUUGAGUGAUUUUUUUUUUUUUAGUUUAAAGUGAUAUCCAGUUUAUUAUAUUAUAUGUUAGGGUGAAAGGCUAAAUGUGUCGCAAAAUAUAAAAGGUUUUAGAAAAAAAAAAAAUUUUUUUUCAUAUAUUCUUAAUAAAAUUUAUUGUUAUAAAUUUACAUAUGACUUAAGGGUAAUGGACUUGAAGUGGGGCUCCACCUGUUUUAAGCUGUAAAAAAAUUUCUGUGGCUUUAGAGGGUUCAUUUUUUUCCCUCAAUCGGUUUAUGGACUAGGCGGGUUAAAUCAGAAUGAAAAAAAAGUCUGCAAAAUCGUUAUUUUUGAAUGAGUUAUGAGAGUCCGAAAGCUGGGAAAUUCCCGCACCGACAGAUUACUCGGGUCUCAAAGAGAUUUUUGAAAGCAUAAUAAAGUGCUGCGGCUUAAAAAAAACAACGAUAAUUUAUAGAGUAAAAUAGGUGGAAUUUUACAUUUAAACCCAGAAGAAAAACUAAUUGAGAUUUAACAAGAUCUUGUUUUUUUAAAUUUUCGAUUUACAUUGAUAUCAAUAAAUCUAUUUUGAUUCACAUUUUCUUGAAUCCAUUUUUUUUUUUUUAAAGAUAUCUUUUUUUUUUUUUCAAUUAACAUUUCAAAUUUAUACUUUUUGAUAAUUCGAAUUUUUCAACUUUAGUUUAUGGAAAUAUACACAAAUCUAUAUCGGGUAACAGUACCAAAUAUUGACCGAGCUCUGAUCAAUGACUGGGUACCUAAAGACUCUUAAUAAUUUUUAAAUAUGGAAUUUAAUUCACGAAAAAUAUGCAGUUAUAAGUUGUAAAUUUUUCAUGAAUUGAAUUCCAUAAUUUAAAAAUUUUAAAGUGUCUUUAAAUACCCAGUCAUUAAUUGGAGCUCGAUCAAUAUUUGGUAUACUGUCACCCGAGAUCUAAAUAAUAAAAAAAUGAGAUCUAAAUUAUUCUUUCCCAGGCACUUUAUCGAUUGUAAAAUAAUAUAACUAUACAUAUUGUUGAUGUACAAAAAAAAAAUUAUUAUUAAUUUGAAA